AUGGAUUCGAACACUUCCUUGAAUCAACCAGAUUAUUUAUCACAUACUACUGAUCACAAUGAAAUUCAACAAAUUCAACAUAUAUUUUCCAAUAUGAUAACACAAACCGUUGAAAAUAGUCUUAGUGGAAUUGGCAAUAUUUUUGACUAUAGUCAUGGUGUUCCUAAUGAUUGGCUUUCCUCCUUUUUCCCACAACACCUGCUAUUGCAUCAAUAUUUACUAGAAAAUCAUAAACCAGAUGAGAGUAUUGUUCGAUACGCAUUUAAAGUAAUGGAUAGAAAAACAAAUACAAUAAUACUUGAAAAAAUGCCAGAUUAUACUAAAUUUGGAUUAAGAUUAAUGUUUGAUGGUCGUGUUCAACGUGAACUUUUACAUACAGAAGCGAUUAAACAUCUUUUUGCUAAGGAAUCAUUACGUCUAGGACAAGCAUUUGACGAACCGCAAUCGCGCGAUCACAUUGAAUCAUUUAUGAGAAUGUAUCAGUUGAGUACCGAUGAAUUAUUUCAACCAGAUUUGACAAAAUAUGGUAAUUUUAAUGAAUUCUUUUAUCGAAAAUUAAAGCCAGAUGCACGACAAAUUGCAUACCCCGAUAACUCAUCUAUUAUUACAUCAGUCGCUGAUUGUAGACUAAUUUUGUUUGAUAAUGUCAGUGAUGCUACUCGUAUUUGGAUAAAAGGACAACAUUUUUCAUUAAAACGUUUAUUCGAUGAUGAAUUAAUGGCAAAAACAUUUGAUUAUGGAAGUAUAGCUGUAUUUCGACUUGCACCAAAUGAUUAUCAUCGUUUUCAUUCACCGGUUAGCGGUCAAAUAAGUAAAAUAAUACGCAAAAUUUCUGGCACGUAUUACACAGUUAAUCCCAUUGUCGUUCGGGAAAAUCUAGAUGUAUUUACAGAAAAUCAUCGUGCAGUUAUGAUAAUUGAUUCUAAAGAUUUUGGUCCUGUGGCUUUUGUUGCAAUUGGGGCUCUACUUGUUGGAUCAAUUAAUUUUACUGUUGAUACUGAACAAUAUGUCAAUAAAGGAGAUGAAUUAGGUAAGCGAAUGAAUCAACUACAAUUUUGCUAG